GUAAUUAUGGGUUUAUUUCGCUCUGUCUGUAGAAAUAAGGAGGUCAGAUUUGUGUAGUAAUUUUAGUUUAUUCCUUAUCUCACAUCGCCUUCACGUGGGAGGCGUUAUCUAAUUUACCGAAAAGAAUAUGAUAAAUGCUCGGGAUUUUUUUUCAAUUAACCAUAUACUACAAUCCACGGACAGAAAGUGGAAUUACUUUGCUGAAUAAAAAAACUGUUCUGUGAAUGGCACGGUGCGCUCUUAAUCUAUGGAAUUGAAAGAUUUAACAUUAUAUUAUUAAAAGCUUAGUGUCUGGACGUGUUAUUACAACUCAGCUGUGUUAUUACAACUCAGCUGUGUCAGUACGUGAGGACAAAGUAAGGAAUGUGAAAAUCUACUCUACAUCGGAUUUGAAAACGGUACAGUUCUGAAUUUUUAACACUAAGAGAUUAAAAUUUUGUCUAAAGGAGUCGUAAAUGAUUAAAUCGGAUAUACUUAAUAUAUAAAAUGAGUACAAAGGAAGGUAAUCUCAAAGAAAGUUACAUAAAGUUAGAGAGGACACACGCGGAAACUGACUUAAAAACUAUAAUAGACUGUCUUGAAUACCAUGCAUCCACAAUACCAGACAAAGAGGCGGUUGUUUUUGUUGCUUCCAACUAUUCUCGUGAGGCAGUCACGUGGUCGAGAUUGUUCGCAAAAGCUCGCGAAACGGCUAAAGCCUUGAUCAGUCUUGGCGUAAAGAAAGGUGAGGUAAUAGCCGUAAAUGUACGGAACUGUCCGGAAUGGUUAUAUAUUGUUAUUGGAGCGAUGAUGACCGGUGCUAUAGCAGUAAGUAUCUCGUUUACUUACACUGAUGGUAGCGAUCUCAUUGCUAUAAUGGAGAAACUUCGUAAUUGUUGUCUGUUAGUACUAGACCCCGGUGUAGCUGGCGCUAAUUGGAAUAUUGUUAAGAAAUUUAUAAAGACACAAAAUGGAAAAGGCCGUGUCCGUAGCGACAAAAUGCCAUAUCUUCGUUAUUUGAUUACGCAUAAAGACGAAGACUAUGCUGAAAUGCAGAAUAACUUACAUCUAGUGGACUUUCUUGAACAAUUGAAUGACGACAUACAGCUUCCAAAAGUUGAAGAAGACGACAUAGCUUUUUUGUUUCAAACAUCCGGCAGUACAGGGGUACCGAAACUAGUAGCUCAUACACAUCGUGCCAUUCGUGUUUGCCAGCAGGUGGCGACAGAAGCGGUUGCAGCUGAUAAAUCAAUAGCUUAUAACGAUCGACCCUUUGCUUGGAUUGGCGGGUUUCCCUUGACCCUUAUAUCAGGCAUUAAACGUGUCACAGUGUCAGGAUUUUGUUCUCCGCCUGAAGACCGUGCAGCAUUCGUGAUAGAAGUUGCAAAGCGUGAGAAGUGCAGUUCAGUCUCUGUCCUUCCUCAGAUGGUGCACGAGUUUAUACGCCGGCAGGAUGAACUCCCUUUUGAUUGGCAAAUUUCGGCUCUUGCUACUGGAGGUCAGCCGCUGAGCAGGAGCAUUGCAAAAUGUCUCGGAAAAAUAACUCCUGCUAUUGUUUCAGCUUACGGAGCUACCGAAUUUCAAAUUGCAGCCAUAGCGUUUGCAAUAAAAGAAGAGCAAUUUGAAGAAAACUGCUGUGGAAACCUGUUUCAAGGCCCGGAAAUUGAAAUGAAGGUUGUCGAUAAUGACGAAAAAGUUGUUCCGAUUAAUACAUAUGGGGAGGUUUAUUUUCGUGGUGAUUCUGUUUUCAAAGAAUAUUUCCACGAUGAAGAGAAAACAGCUGCGGUGAAAACGCCAGAAGGUUGGUUCAAAACGAAUGAUAUUGGUAAGCUAAACGAGAAAGGCGUCCUCUAUAUACAAGGUAGAAAAUCUAGUACAAUUAUCUCUGGUGGUAUGAACGUGAGUCCAGAUAUUCUAGAACGCAUACUUGAGUCAUAUCCAGGUCUUGAAGCAGCAGUCAUUGUCCCUGUCCCAGACGACGUAUAUUAUCAAGUUCUUUGCGCAUGCGUGCGAUUGCAACCAGGAAGUGAUGUAACUGAGCAGCAACUACGCAAGUUUCUUGAAGAAUAUUAUAACGACAAGCCAGGCUUGUUUACAGUAAUACCAAAAUUUUAUUUGUUUCAAAGCCAGUUUCCAGAAGUUUUUACAGGCAAAGUCUCCCGAAAAGAUUUGACUGAUUUAGCUUCAAGGACAUUUGGAAAAGAACAUUAAUUAGAAUGACAGAUAGGGGUAAAAUAGUAGACAACUACAUCAGUAGGACAAUCCUCGAUUUAAUAAACAGAAUAAAAAUCUACGCAUGUCGGAAGUAAAUGGACAUUUUAUUCAAUACGGGCACCUUUUCUGAAUACAUAUAUACAGUUUAGAA